AGUUGAUCAGUGGGGUAUAGUUAAUUAAGUUAGUAUUCUGUGCAUUCUCUGUGACGAUGGUGUUAGUAUCAGAGUUGUAAAUUGACACACGGAUGACUUUAACAAUCGGCCACUACAACUGACACAACAAAGAAGAAUCUUCUGUUGACUUGUAACUAACAGUAGAUUCCAUACAUGGGUAAUUGCUGCUCUCUAAAACCUCACACCUUCGUUGGCGAGAAACUGUUCUUGAAAGAGGGGAAUUGUGAAUAUCAGUGGAAAUUCGUUGAUGAAUCAACUAAACAUAAUCAAUUGUUUUUAAAAAUGAUUAAAUAUGGACAAGAUCCCAAAGUCAAGGUUGAAUAUAUAAACGAUGUCCGUGUAAUUUUCUCCGAAGAAUUUUGCAUCGGCAAAGGAAGUGAUGGAACUUGUGUUUAUCUCGGACUGGGAAAGGAUGGUUAUGGAAAAGCAGUGAAACGAAUACCUUGUGAUAUCUGCAUUGGGCUUACACAACAAGGAAAGAGAAUUUUUAAAGAAAUCAUCGAAAAAAAAUCGAAUGAUGUUGUGAAAUAUUACUACUUAGAAGAGAACACUGGAACAGACUAUGUCUAUUUGAUACUAGACCUAUGUGAAGAAUCGUUGGAAAGUUUUGUGGAAUCUUCUACAUUGCAGGAUCUUCAAAAAUGUCUUCCCGAAAUUCUCAGACAAAUGUUAAAAGGAUUAGCUCAUCUUCACAGCGAGCCAAAUCCUAUUUUUCAUCAAGAUUUAAAGCCUUCCAAUGUCCUCCGAGAUGCCCAAGGCAAAUUUCUGAUUGCUGACUUUGGUAUCAGUCGAAUACUGAAAAGUGAAUAUAAGACAUUUAAACACGGCCUUACUUGGGGAUCUGAUCAUUGGGUUACUCCCGAAUCGUAUUGUCCGGAUGAUGAGUCGAUUAAAAAGUCACAUUACAAAAAAGAGUCUGAUGUAAUGAACGCAGGAAUAGUGGCUUUUUAUGUUGCCACAAAAGGGAAACAUUCUUUUGGAGAUUUAACGACAAGACUGCAAAACUUGUUGAAUAAAAACCCUGUUGAAUUGAAAAACAUAGUAGAUGUUGAACUUAAAGAUCUUCUUUCGUGGAUGCUACAAUUGAAACCUGAACUCAGACCAUCUGCCAACGAGGCGUUAAAACACCCAUAUCUACAAUCCGAUGAAUGUAAGUUUGACUUGAUGUGUGAUGCGGGAAGCCAACCAGAGAUAAAGAUACCAGAUUUAGGUCAUCCUCUCAACUCAGAUGUCUAUGAGCAGUUAAAUGGGUUAAAAAAUUGGAAGGAUUGUAUUGAUCCUGAAGUCUUCAGUGAUUUCAAUUUGGGACAUUACGGUGCUACAUGGUUGGGUUGCUUGAAAUUUAUACAAAAUGUUCACCAGCAUUGGAAUGAUGUACCUCGUCCAAAACGGCUUCAAGGUGAUGGUAAUUAUAAAACGUUUUUCCUGCAAGUUUUUCCGGGGCUUCCUCUUUUGGUGAACAGAAUUUUAAGAUUAAAUGAAUGGAAAUACAGACCUGAUCUCGAAGAACACUUUUCAAAAUUGCAGCUGCAUGAAUGGAAAUACAAUGAUAAAUCGACAAAACAUAAAGAAUUGUUCUUAAAAUUAAUUGAGUAUGGGAAAGACCCUAAUGUUGAGGUUAAACAUGUGGACGAUGUACGUGUAAUUUUCUCAGAAGAGUUUUUACUUGGCAAAGGAAGUGAUGGAACCCGUGUUUAUCUUGGACUGGGAAAGGAUGGUUACGGUAAAGCAGUGAAACGAAUUCUUCGUGAUACUUAUUUGGCAGAGCAUGAAGAAAAAAUUUUUAAUGAAAUCAAUGCGAAGAAGUCGGAUUAUGUGCUAAAUUGUUAUUGCUCGAGACAAGAUACAGAAACAGAAUAUGUCCAUUUGAUUCUCGAUCUAUGUGAAGAAUCGUUGGAGUGUUUUGUGCUAUCCGAAUCAAAUAGUUUGGGUUACCUUCAAAAUAUACUUCCCGACAUUCUUAAACAAAUUUUAAAAGGAUUAGUUGAUCUUCAUAGCGGUCCACGUCCCAUUCUUCAUCGAGAUUUGAAACCUUCCAAUGUUCUCCGAGACACACAAGGCAAAUUUUUUAUAGCCGAUUUUGGUAUUAGUCGAAUUAUGAAGAGUGACUCUCAGACAUAUGUAAGCAAUGCUAAAAGGGGAACUCAGCAUUGGAUUGCACCUGAAUCUUAUAUUGUUGAUAAAAAUUUAUUUGAUAAAGCACGUUACAAAACAGAAUCUGAUGUAAUGAAUGCAGGAAUGGUUGCUUACUUUGUUGCAACAAAAGGAAAACAUCCUUUUGGUACUAAAGUGUGCAUACUUGAAAAUUUGUUGGAUGGAAACCCUGUUGGCUUGAAGGAAAUCAGUAAUGUCGAACUAAAUGAUCUUCUUUCAUGGAUGCUACAAGAUAAACCCGAACUCAGGCCAUCUGCAAAGGAGGCGUUAAAACACCCUUAUCUACUAUCUGAUGAAGAAAAGUUUGACUUGCUGUGUAAAGUUGGGAAUCAACCGGAGAUAAAGAUACCGCAUUUAGAUCAUCCUCUCAGCUCAGAUGUCCAUGAGCAGUUAAAUGGUCUCAACAAUUGGAUGAACCGUCUCAUUCAUGAAUUCGAUGAUCAUUUCAACAAGAAACUCUACGACUCUACAUGGUUAGGAUGCUUAAAAUUCAUACACAACGUUGAUCAGCAUUGGCAUGAUGAGCAUCGUACAAAACUGUCACCAUAUAUCAAGGAAGGCAAUUAUAAAGAGUAUUUUGUACGGGUCUUACCAGAGCUUCCUCUUCUGGUGCACAGAAUCAUGAGGUUAAAUGAUAUGGAAAAACGUGUUCCUAAAUUGCAACUACAAGAAUGGAAAUAUAAUGAUCCAUCGAUAAAACACAAAGAAUUAUUUUUAAGAAUGAUUGAGUAUGGGCGAGAUCCUAAUGUGAACGUUAAACUUUUAAACGAUGUUCGAGUAAUAUUCUCAGAUGAAUUUUGCAUUGGCAAAGGAAGUGAUGGAACCCGUGUUUAUCUUGGACUGAGCAAGGAUGGUUACGGGAAAGCUGUGAAACGAAUACUUCAGUACAACUUUAUCGAUUUUGCAAAGAAAGAAAUGAAAAUUUUUAAUGAAAUUAAAGAAAAGAAUUCGACUUAUCUGGUGAAUUAUUCCUACUUCAUAAAAGACACUGAAACAGAAUGGGUCUAUUUGAUACUUGACCUAUGUGAAGAAUCGUUGGAGAGUUUGUGCAUUCUUCUACUAUGGAGGAUCUUCAAAAUUCUUCCCAAAAUUCUCAGACAUAUUUUAACAGGAUUAGCUGAUCUUCACCGCGAGCCAAGUUCUAUUCUUCACAGGAAUUUGAAGCCUUCCAAUGUUCUCUACAACGCAAAGGAGAAUUUCUGA